AUGUGCAGGAGCGACUCAGAGGAAUGCCUGCCGAAGGUGUCAAAGAGCCCUGGUUUGAAAUUUGGAAGUGGGUGCGCAAUCAAGCGUACAGCGCGCCACACUUCGCCCAUAGGCAAACACCUCGAGCGGUGGACAGCGCCAGCAUCGAUCUCCUCGAUCCUUCCGCACACGAAAUGCCGUCGGUUCCUCCCCUUCUCGAGCCUUCAUCGCGUCCCUUGCAAUCAACUCCACCAGGCCAUCUUGGGCGGCCUGGUGGAGCUCACGCUGGCUCUUCUCUCCAGCGGGUCGAUUGACAUCGACCAAGGCACCCCGGGCGGCUGGACCCCUCUCAUGUACGCCACCAACGAGGGCUGCGUACGCGUUGUUAGGAUUCUCCUGGACAAUGGGGCCAAGACCAACCUAGUUGCGGACGGUGGCUUCGAUGCCUUGUCCAAGGCCGCCAUAGGCGGACACCUGCGCCCCGGUGGUCUAGUGGGUAGCCUCGUAGCCUGCGAAGGGCCAGGCGCGAACCCUAAUCCCCGCCGCCCACUGGACGGAGGGACGGCACUGGCCCUGGCAUCGUCGGUUGGGAUCAACCGUUGCUGUCGUUUACAUGAUGGCGGUAGGAAUGUCCUCAGUCGGGCCGCGGCCUACCAGCAUCUUGGCAUCAUGGCCAUGCUUCUGGACGCCGUAGUAGUCGAUACGGGGGAAGCCCUGAUCUCCGCCUCCAGCCAUGUCCACGAAGCAUCAGUGAAAAUCUUGUUGGAGAGGCAGCGUACGGUGAACACGAUGGCUUUUGUGGACUAUGCCAACGCCUGCGACUCAUUGGGCAUAAUGCCCUUGUUCGAGAGCGUUCUUAUUCACCAUGACCGGUUGUACUCUCCCAGAAUUGUGCGGUUAUUCUUGAACGCCGUAGCGGAUGCGACAUCGGCCGUCCGGUCGACGCCACCGCCUGGGCGAAUAACGUGUUAUCCGGCAGAUCAGAUCAUCAUGUUUGACAGCAGUACCCUGGAGUUCACUACCAACGUUCUUCGUUACAAGAUCGGCCCCGUACAGGGCACACACCCCCAGCUGCACCGGGUAGAGGCAAUCCGCUGCUUGUUGCUUGUUGCUUCAAGUGGAGCCAGUUCAUGCGGUGUCCUGGCUUUGGGCCAGCGCUGACCUCUCUACCACCCAUGGUGCAAAGGUUGCGAGUAGUUCCGAGGCAACUCCGACGACUGGAACGCCGCUGGGGAUGAUGCUGCCAAUCCUACGGCGGAGGGCUCACAGAGACACGGUGCUGUGUUGGCGGCUUUCACAAGGAGGUACCCAAGGAAACUGUGACAGGGAUUAAGUCUACAUGGUGAGAGCGGCGAUUCCGAUGCCGUUUUGUGCGGAAUAUGGGGCACACGGUCUACAGUGAGAGAUCAACUCGGUUGUAGUAGCGUUCAGCCUAGCUUAUAUAGCGGAAGGUGGUUCUUGAGUGAGCGACCUUUGUCCGCAAUGUUUCUCGCCCUUUCGACUUCGGUACGAACUUGUGAUGGGGCGCGUCGUUCUACGCACACGGUGCGAGUCACCUGCAGACAAUCUCGCCGAAUCACUGCUUGAGACUACUGCAAGUGUUUCUGUACGAGAGGUGUUUGGGGAGGGCUUUUUCGUGGGUGAUACGUUGGUUGCGCGUGCUGGCCGAAUCACAAUGGUGGCUCUCCGCCU